AUGCAGAAUCAUGAUGCAAACCAAAAUGUUAUCAACUUCUGCCUUUCAAAGGACCUCCAUAUUCCCUUCAGAUUGAAACUGAUUGGACUGAGUGGAUUUACCAGGCAACUAUUUGACAUUAUAUACAAAACAACAACAGACGGGCUAGAUGAUGCCACUGCCAACGUGGUAAGGGCAAAAAUCGAGAAUACACUUGACGAAAGAUGCUCCUUGAUUGCUACAAUUUCAAUUGAAUCAGGAAUUGGCAAAGGCUUGACGUGUUCAGUGGUGUCUACGAUAAAGUUCGAUUCAAGCAUUUAUGUUGGCACAAACAUAAGGAAAAGCGGAAGUAAGCACAUGAAAACCAACAAGGAACAGAGCAGAAACGAGUGGAUAAACUUGCCAAUCGAUUAUUCAAAGCUCCCUCUGGAUUCAAGGCUGCUAAUAAAAUUAUAUAGCAGUGAGCCGAGAUCGGGAAAGAGACUCUUUAUUGGAUAUGCAGCAAUUGACUUAUUUGAUGUGAAUGGUGGGUACACGCUUCAAACAGGCUAUCAAAGUUUGAAGGUGACUAUUAUUGGGGGGUCAAACGUGAAAAGCGAAACAGAUGGAAUAUCACCCAGAACCAAAAAUCUAUCAUCUACACUUUCCAGAUUAGAAGAGAAGCUUGGAGAAAGACGAAAAGGAAACCUUCCCAGUACGGAUUGGCUGAACAAUAUGACAUUUGAGGCGAUUGAAAAGCUCAAUUUAGAAGAAAUUGAAAGAAUCAAAGAAUUCUCUGGCAACAUAUCGAUGGCAGAAUUACCCAGACAGGGUGCGUUAUUUAUAGAUAUCGAGUUGGUGAAGUUUGAGAUGCCAAUAGUGUUUUCAGAUAUCAAGUAUGCACCUCUCCGUAUACCGGCAUUAGUAUCCACUUCAGAGAAAGGGGAAAUUACAAGCAAUAAUGGCAAUAAGGUGAAUAAUUUGAAAGCUGGCACAAAUGAUUUUAACCGAAUAACAUAUGACAACAGAGAGGAAUUCAACAAGAAUCCUUCUUUUUCGGUGUUUGAUCCGGAGCAGUACAGGGUAAACAUAUCCGAGGACCCGAUUGAGUACAAGUUUCGUAAACUGGAGAGAACACACCAGCUUUCCUCACUGGAUAAGGACUUAAAGCCAACAUUGAAAGUUAGAGCCAAACUCGAUGCAAUUCUAAAGAAGCAGUUCUUUGAGAAGUUGAGCCAGCAGGAGAAGAACCUGAUUUGGAAGUUUAGGUUCUUUUUGCUCAAUGGACUUGUGAUAAACGGCAGCAACGAGCAAUACAACAAUUUCAUCAUCAACUUCAUCAAGUGCAUAGACUGGGAUGGAGACUUUGAAGUGAAGGAGUUUCUCACUAUCAUCAGAGACUUGGAUACCAGAAGUGGAGGGUCAAAUCUUUUUAUCCAAGAGCUUACAAUUGUAGAUUGUCUUGAGCUUUUGAGCAAAGUGUACAGGAACAAAAUUGUGCGAGGAAUGGCAAUUAAACGGCUCCGAAUGGCUUCAGACGAGGAUCUUGAGCUCUUUAUGGUUCAGCUUGUUCACUCUAUCCAGAAUGAGCAGGAAAUCAGGAUAAACGAUUCUGAUGGGGACGGAGGUGCAUCAGAAAGCAAGUAUGAUGACUUUGUGGACGAGUUUGAGGCACAACUGCUACAAGGAGCAGCAAAUGGUGGGUACCAAUUGGUGGAGAAGGAGGCGGAAAUCGCCGAUGAUCCGAUUAUCAGGUUGUUGUACUCACCAAGGCUCUUUGAAUUGAGCAAAAAAGUGGCCAAGGUGCCCGGACUAACAUCUCCGCUAAGCGAUUUCAUCAUUGAACGAACACUCGGGAAUUCAUCCUUGGCAAAUUACUUCUUUUGGAACUUGAAGGUGAUGGUAGACGAAGAGAAAAGCACAAAUUGUGACCGCCAAAGCAAGUAUGUGGACACAAACGUGGUGGCAGUAGUUGAAGAAGGGGGUGCAGAGGAGGCGGAUGGUGCAGAAAGGGGUGGGAAAUACGGGCAAAGCAAAAGACAGGCAAGAAGUGAUCAUAGGAAAAGAUACCGGAAGCGGUUUCAUCACGUCCAUUUGUACGAGAGAGUACUCUUUACGCUUAUAAUGCGGCUUGCAAACUCAGGGGAAGGAAGCCAUCAACGGAUUAUGAUGCUUAGAAGACAGGUUGAGCUCAUCAGGCAGUUGAGAGGUAUAUCUUUGAAGAUUAAGACGGUCUACAAGAAAGAGCCGACGCCGAAAAAAGUGGAAAUACUCAAGCGGCUACUCAGGGAGAAGCACAAACGCUCUUUAUUGGGGGGUAAAAUGGAAGGAAAACGCACGAGAUCACGAUCUGCAACUGCAACUUCUGCUCUUGAAUCAAUGGGGUUGUCUAUUAGCAAUCGGCUCGGAUCGAAAGCAGAAGGCAGAAUUUCCAGUGAUGAAGAAUAUCAGGCUGAUCAGGAUGCGGACUCAGAGGUGAGAUUUGGCAGAGUUGAGAGUCGCAGAUCGAGAAAUGCUGAAGAUAGGGGAAGUAAUGAGUCCCGGAGUAGUAGUGUGGGCAGUAAUUCGAGUCAGACAAGCACGUUAAAUGGACUGCAAUCACCAAUUACAGCAGUGCAUACACCCAGACGCAGAAAUAGAGCAUUUGGAAUCGAGUAUGAGUCACUACUCGCAUUUCCGGCAAUUCCGUUCCCGCUUGAUCCGCGAGUUUCCGUUUUUGGAUCGAUCCCAGAGCACUGCAACGUCUUUAAGAGCAGCUUGAGCCCCCUUAAGGUGUCUUUUAAGGCGGAUACUCCAAGUGCAGAGUAUCCAGUCAUGUACAAAAUAGGCGAUGAUCUUCGUCAGGACCAGUUUGUGAUCCAGAUCAUUGCAUUGAUGAAUAAAAUCCUCAAGAGUGAGAACUUGGACUUGAAGCUCUCUCCCUACCGUAUUUUGGCAACAGGUCCCGUUGAAGGACUAAUCCAAUUUGUUCCCAACAGUUCGCUUUGGUCCAUCUUGUCAAAAUACAACAAUUCGAUUCUUGCCUUCUUGCAGAAGUACAAUCCGGACCCAACCGCACCGCACAAAGUCAAGCCGGAGGUCAUGGACACUUAUGUAAGGUCGUGUGCCGGAUACUGCGUUAUUACAUACAUCCUUGGUGUGGGAGAUCGCCAUUUGGAGAAUUUGCUUUUGACGAAAGACGGAUAUUUCUUCCAUGCAGACUUCGGAUACAUUCUUGGAGAGGAUCCAAAGCCAUUCCCACCACUAAUGAAGCUUCCAAUUCAGGUAAUCGAGGGUAUGGGUGGGUUGAAUGACGAAAACUACCAGAAGUUCUGCAAUUACUGCUACAUCACGUAUCUUACGUUGCGUCGGAAUGCGUCGAUCGUCCUCAACUUAUUCCAGUUGAUGAUCAACACGUCGGUUCCCGCCUUGCGGACGAUCGACCCGGAUAACGAGUCGGAGAAGAUGGAGAUCAUCUGGAAGGUCCAGGAGAAGUUUAUGCUUAAUUUGGAUGACGAAGGUGCAGUGAGGCACUUCCAGCGUCUCAUAGAUGAUAGUGUGAAUGCUGUUUAUCCCGUUGUUAUUGACAGAUUACACAGUAUGGCCCAAUAUUGGAGGUCUUGA